GUGUGACGUCCCCGUCUCCUCCGCCUAACCAAACCCGCCUAGCUGCUCUGUUGUCUCUUUCGUAUAUAAUGGCCGGCGCAAGAUCGGCGGCAAUCAGACUCACACACUCUUCGCUAUUCCUACUGUCUCGCGCCGCCGCAGCGGCAGCGACCCGCCGUACCCAUCUCCCCCCCUCCUCGAGAGAUUAUUCAAAGAUGGCUAGUUCAGUUGGAAUCAAUGGCUACAGUGCUGUUACACGGGUGCUAUUCUGUGGGCACUAUUGGCCUGCUUCUACUAUUUAUACGAAGGAGUACUUGCAAAAAUAUCCAUUUAUUCAGGUGGACGAAGUAGGUCUUGAGCACGUACCAGAUGUUAUUCAAAACUACCAUAUAUGUGUAGUGAAAAAUAAAUGUAUAGAUUCAGAUAUCAUUGCCAAAGCAACUAAGAUGAAGAUUAUUAUGCAGUAUGGUGUUGGUUUAGAAGGUGUUGACAUAAAUGCUGCUACAGAACAUAAAAUCAAAGUUGCACGGAUACCUGGGAGUACUACAGGAAAUGCAACCGCUUGCGCAGAAAUGGCGAUCUAUCUAACUCUAGGUGUUCUGCGGAAGCAAAAGGAAAUGGAUGCUGCUGUCAUUCGGAAGGACUUGGGCCUUCCAGUUGGAGAAACAAUAUUCGGGAAAACAAUACUUAUCCUGGGGUUUGGAGCCAUCGGCAUGGAAAUUGCCAAGAGACUAAGACCAUUUGGAGUGAAAAUUCUUGCUACAAAAAGAAAUUGGUCAUCAAAUACAGUGUCUUGUGAUCUUGAUGGACUGGUUGACAAAAAAGGUGGUCCAGAAGAUAUGUACGAACUUGCCCGAGAAGCUGACAUAGUUAUAACUUGCAUGACGUUAAACAAUGAAUCAGUUGGGAUCGUGAAUCACAAGUUCCUGUCAGCUUUGAAAAAGGGAUCAUAUCUCAUCAAUAUUGCCAGAGGACGCCUUCUGGACUAUACGGCUGUGUUUAAUCACCUUGAAUCAGGUCAUUUAGGUGGUUUGGGCAUUGAUGUUGCUUGGACGGAGCCAUUUGAUCCAGAGGAUCCAAUUCUGAAAUUUCCAAAUGUUAUUAUAACACCACAUAUUGCAGGAAUCACGGAAUACUCUUACAGAACGAUGGCAAAGGUUUGCACUUGUUUCUCUGCAAUGCACAAAGUUGUUGGUGAUGUUGCCCUCAAGCUUCAUGCGGGGGAGCCAUUCAACGAAAUAGAAUUUGUGAACUAGGCAAAGUGAGUAGAUGGCGGCAUUGUUGAUUUAAUUUAAGACGUAUAAAUAGACCUGGAAUUACCAAAUAAAGGCAAAUGUUAUGGGUGAUUGCAUUACUGGAGAAUCAUAGGAAUUCGACAGGUUUAUUUAUGUAAAGCAUUGUUGUCUGUUUUGAUCGCAAACAUCUGAAGCUAGUUAGCUGCAAA